CCGUUUUCUCCCUUCUCCCCCCAACUGUUUCUUCCUCUCACCUCACUAUCGCCACUUUUGGUUGCAUAACAUCACCAUCAAGCGCCGUCAAGCGCCGUCAAGCACUUCCAACUCGUUUCAAAUCCAAACGCUCUAAAGUUAAAAGCCCAACGCGUCAACAUGUCUUCGCGUCGUGAGAGAGCUCGCGACUUGAGUUUCGGUGAAGCACCUUUCAUCGACCCCGUGUCUGCGGCGACUCAGCCAACGCCUCUCAAAGGCAGACAGCGCACCCAGCUCACUUCGAGCCACUCCGCCAGUCGCCUUUCCACGAUCCCUGAGAGCUCAAACAGUGGCAACCAUUCUGAUACCGCUCAGAGCCCAACUGCCUCUGAUUCGUCUCCGUAUGUUCAUAGCGACGCUGGCACCGAUUUGCACCGUGCAAAGCUUGUUCAGAAUAGCUCGUUCAACCCAUCUGCUAAUGCCUGGGUCCCUUCCAUGCCCACUGGG